AUGACGACAACAUCCAAACCCGAAGACCCGACCAUGGUCGAGUUAUCCUCACCGGCCGAUAGCUCAUCUGCGGUGAUCGCGACGUCGCAGACGGCUCAAGCCUUCGAAGCCCGCCAGCACUCGCUGACGCGCUCCGAAGCGAUCCGUGAACACUGGAAGGCAAUUGCCUGGUGUUUCUACAUGUUCUUCACGUGCAUCAUGUAUGGUUUCGACUCACUAGCUGGUGGUGUGGUCGUAGGUAUCACGGAGUUCAGAAAGGAUUUUGGGCAUCCGUUUGGUGGGGAUUACGUUGUGGAUGCGAAUUGGCAGUUGGGAUUCCAGGCAGCGACUUUGGGAGGUAUCGUCGGUGGUGGCUUAAUGACAGGCUUCGCUAUCCACAAAUUCGGUCGGAAAAUUUGCAUCUUGGGAGCCUACAUUCUCAACACCGGCGGCAUCUUUCUCCAAUUCUUCGCCAAGACACCAGCACAUUUCUUUGGGGGGAAGAUCCUGACUGGGCUUCCUCUUGGAGUCUUCGCGACAGUCGCCCCAAGUUAUUCGUCUGAAAUGGCCCCGCUUUCUAUCCGCGGUGCUGUCACUGCCGGUAUCAACUUCGCAAUUGUGCUUGGCCAACUCAUUGGAUACGGUGUUCAGAGACAGACGGCGUCCUUCAAUGAUUCGCGGCAGUACAAGAUUCUGUUUGCUACGCAGUGGGGCUACGUCGUAGUCGGUCUUCUCAUCCUGCCUUUCCUUCCCGAAUCACCAUACUGGCUAGUGGCGCAUGGAAAACACGAACAGGCCAGAGCCACCAUCUCCAAAUUACACGCACCCGAUUACGAUGUCGACGGCCAUAUGGCACAAGUCCACGACUCUCUCGCCCGAAUGAACGCGGAUAACGAAUCACAAGGCACAAUGCUGGAAUGUUUCUCUCAUGCAAAUAUCCGCAGAACUAUGGUCUCUACCUUCAUAUUCUUCAUUCAGAACGCGUCUGGGAGCGUUUGGGUGAUUGGCUACAUGAGCUACUUUAUGCAGCUUGGCGGCAUGACGCCCGCGAGAUCUUUUGAUACGACUGUCGGCAUGUCCGGAUUGAUGGUGGUGGGUAAUAUGUUUGGAUGGCUAUUCAUCGAGUGGUUCGGUCGCAGAGGUACUGCGUUGUACGGAGCGGCCGGUCUGACCGUCACUCUGUUCAUUAUUGGUAUCUUGGGUGUUAUCAACAGGCCUGGUGCUAUCUGGGGACAAGUCGCAUUCAUGGCUAUCUGGGGUUUCGUGUACCAAGGAACGAUUGGCGCGGCAGCUUGGGUCAUAUCGUCGGAGAACUCUACUUCCAGACUCCGCUCUCCUACGCAGUCUCUUGUGACUAUGAUGAACGGACUCUCAUCAUGCAUUUGGUCAUUUUCACUGCCAUACGCCAUCAAUCCCGAUCAAGGUAAUCUCCAGGGUAAGAUCGCCUUCAUCUUUGGUGCGGUGAUGGCGGCGUCGUGUAUUUUCAUCUACUUUUUUGUCCCUGAGACCAAAGGCCGCACCUGGAUCGAGAUUGAUGAACUCUACAAGCGAGGAGUUCCAGCAUGGAAAUGGAAAGAAACGAAAGUGUCGACGGUGGCUGAGUCUGAAAUCGAGGACAUAAAACCUUCACAUUAG